GGUUUUUUCUCUUCCUUCACCGACAAAUUCGUCGAUCUCUCUUCUUGACGUGAUUCGCCUCUGAUUCCAUACAUAAUCUUACUUCAAUCCAAUCUAAUUCUUCGGAAUUUUACCGAGCAAUUUGUUCUUCUGAUUUGCAAUGUAUGCUCUGAAAGACAAAGUAUCGGCGAAGCUGUCGAAUCUUUUCGGUGAUUCCCCGAAGCAAUCUUCCUCUCCCCGCUUCGGUGUCUCCAAUUCUCCCAAGGCCAGGCUGAAUUCUAGUGCGGAAAAAGCAUUGCCUUCAUAUUUCUCUUUUUCUAGUCUUCGAUCUAGAAAUGAGAGUUCUGAAUUGUGUCCACCACUCCCCAUUAAACAUAACAGCUAUGAUUUCGGAAAGAAUGGUGGGCUUGGUAAUGGUGAUCAGCAAAAGACAUAUCAAGUCCAAACCUCGAAUGGUGAAGACAGGAAAACAGUUGACAAUGGGGAUAUUGAGUUAGGUGCUUCUGCGAGAAGCAACAAUGGUACUGGUUCUUUUCGGGAUUUUGUCAGCCAUUGUACUCCUGUGAAAGAGAUGCCUGAUCUUACAGAUGAGACUGCUUUUAUUUCUGCCGACUUGUAUGAAUUUUUGGAGGCAAGUCUUCCGAACAUCGUCAAAGGAUGCAAAUGGGUCUUGUUAUACAGUACGUUGAAACAUGGCAUAUCACUCCGCACGCUUUUACGCAGAAGUGCAGAGCUUCCUGGCCCUUGUCUGCUGGUUGCUGGAGACAAGACGGGUGCAGUUUUUGGCGGUUUAUUGGAAGGCCCUUUGAGGCCUACACCUAAGAGGAAAUAUCAGGGGACAAACCAGACAUUUUUGUUCACGACCAUUUACGGUAACCCGUGCGUAUUUAGGCCAACUGGAGCAAACCGGUAUUACUGGAUGUGCUUGAACGAGUUUUUAGCGUUUGGCGGCGGUGGAAACUUUGCAUUGUGGUUAGAUGAAGAUCUGUUGAAGGGUACGAGUGGAUCAUGUGAGACGUUCGGGAACGAAUGCUUAGCCAGCAGCGGAGAGUUUGAACUAAAGAACGUCGAGCUCUGGGGAUUUGCUCAUGCGUCAAGGUACCACCUAUCUUCAAGAUCUUAAAAGACCCUUUGAAGAAAUAUCUUUUUUUUUUUAAUAUGAUGGCUGAUUUGUUACUGUUUUAAAAAAAAUUAAUUUGAUCUCUUGAAACUGUGGAGGAAAAAAGGCAUUUCAUUUUGAUAUUGUGUGUUUUUGAGAAUGCUAACCUGUAUUUUUUACUAACGGUGGAAAUAUUUUUAAAAAAAUAAUAAUAAUAAGUUUAGUUACAGCUUU